UUCUCUCACAAUUACUGUAAUAUUAGGUCGAUGGAGACUACUGUAUCUGUGUAGUUUUUCCAAUUAACAAACUGAAUGGAUAAUUUAAUUUGAUAAAAGGUGAUACUUUUUAAAGUUAAAUCUACAGGAAAUGAUUCACACCCGGAUAUUUUAUAACGUCACCCAUUUCCUGUGUUGUGAAAGACUGAUAAGUGAAAACGGGAAAGUGGACGUGCCUCAUCACUGUCGCUCCUGAGUAGUACUUUAUGUUGGCUCCAAUAAAAGUGAGGAAAGUCCAAGCCAUCGUCAACAAGGAACAUGAGUACAGGGACUGUUGAUGGGCCCUGUCAGCCCCUCUCUCAUGAUGAGAAUGAGGACCCAAACAAGGCAGAUGAGGAGGUAGGAAGUGGUGCUCGGAAGAAAACAGGUCGGUCAAAGGCUCAAAAGGAUGGAGCUACUGAAAAUAUUUACAGGAAAAUUUCUGUAAUCAAUGGAGAGAUCAACAAAAUGGAUAGAGAGCAGCUGAAGAAUCGUCUCGCAGACUUAAAAAUGGACACCAGGGGUGUAAAUGAUGUGCUGAAGAAGAGACUGAAAUCAUACUACAGAAACAGAAAACUUAUGAAGGCAAAUGUCCGUGUGCCAAGCUCCAAACCGUUGUAUGACUAUCUACUGGUCAUAGAUUUCGAGGCAACCUGUGAAGCCGACACACCAGAUUACCCACACGAAAUUAUAGAAUUUCCCAUCAUCCUUGUAGAUGUACAUAAAAAGACUGUGGUAGAUGAGUUCCAUUCCUUCUGUAAGCCUGUGUUGAAUUCACAGUUGUCAGAAUUUUGCACAGAACUGACAGGAAUUACUCAGGCAGAUGUAGAUGCUUCUGAAACAUUCCCUGCAGUUUUUCAGAAAGCAGAAGAAUGGAUGAGAGAAAAACACCUCGGGGAUGGCAAUAAGUUUACUAUUGUUACAGAUGGGCCCUGGGAUAUGAGCCGUUUUCUCUGCCUCCAAUGUCAGCACUCGGACCAAGUGUUUCCCAGAUGGGCGAAAAAAUGGAUCAACAUCAGGAAAACAUACGGAUCAUUUUAUAAAUGUCGCCGUAAAAAACUGGAAGAUAUGUUAAUUUAUCUGGGGAUGAAAUUUGAAGGCAAGCAACACAGAGGACGCGACGAUUCAAGGAACAUAGCAAGAAUAGCUAUUAGACUGAUAGAGGAUGGGUGUCGAGUCAAAGUCAAUGAAAUCAUUCACAAUUAUCCUGGUGCCAAAUAUCUGAAAUUUUCAAAUAUAGAUGCAGAGUCCACAGACAGUGGUGAUGAGGAUGUAGAUGAUGAAUGUACUGAAGAAUCUAAUGACAAGAAAAAGAAAGAUGUCAAAGUUCAAGGCAGCACACAUACAGAUGACAGGGACAUUACUAAAGCUAUAGCCAGUCUGUGUAUAGAGGAUCGGGGAGAGAAGACUGAGGAGGAUGUGUCUGAUCUAAUAGCCUAUUAUAAGCUGCAAAAAUCUUGACCAGAGAUAUGUUUCAUUUACACCAGUAGGAACUUUUGAAUUAGGAAUACAUGUACUACAAAAUAUCCAUAUUUGGUUUUAAAGGUCAUGACAUAUUAACCUCUUCUUCAUGGGUUUAAUAAAGUGUCAUCACAGAUUUCUGUCUGUCUGAUUUGGAUAAACAAUCAACGAUUUGAUCAAAACAAAAAGCCCAAAAUUAUUUAGCUAAAAACCUGUGUUUGUCAAAAAGCCUACUCUGUUGUGUUGCUUACAAAGUCUGAUAAGUCUGUACGAUUGACAAUGGCUGACCUGAUAAGUCUGUACAAUUUACAAUGGCUGACCUGAUAAGUCUGUACGAUUGACAAUGGCUCACCUGAUUAAGUCUGUACAAUUGACAAUGGCUGACCUGAUUAAGUCUGUACGAUUGACAAUGGCUGACCUGAUUAAGUCUGUACGAUUGACAAUGGCUCACCUGAUUAAGUCUGUACAAUUGACAAUGGCUGACCUGAUUAAGUCUGUACGAUUGACAAUGGCUCACCUGAUUAAGUCUGUACAAUUGACAAUGGCUGACCUGAUUAAGUCUGUAAGAUUGACAAUGGCUCACCUGAUUAAGUCUGUACGAUUUACAAUGGCUCACCUGAUUAAGUCUAAGAUUUACAAUGGCUCACCUGGUUAAGUCUAAGAUUUACAAUGGCUGACCUGAUUAAGUCUGUAGGAUUGACAAUGGCUGACCUGAUUAAGUCUGUCAGAUUUACAAUGGCUGACCUGAUUAAGUCUAAUAUUUACAAUGGCUCACCUGAUUAAGUCUGUAGGAUUGACAAUGGCUCACUGAUUAAGUCUGUCCGGUUUACAAUGGCUAACCUGAUUAAGUCUAAGAUUUACAAUGGCUCACCUGAUUAAGUCUGUAGGAUUGACAAUGGCUCACUGAUUAAGUCUGUCCGGUUUACAAUGGCUAACCUGAUUAAGUCUAAGAUUUACAAUGGCUGGCCUGAUUAAGUCUGUAAGAGUGCCCAACACUUAAUAUUAGUCUAUGCCAGUGAAACCUGAAGCCGGGAGGUACUAUAGCUUUCCUUCAAGUCUGUCUUGUACGUACUUAAUGUAUGUCAUGCCAAAAUUAGCGCGGUUUCAUUCCUCGAGUGAUUUUGAUGAAACUUAUUUCACAAUGAUAUCUCGGACAUGAAUCAGUUUCAGGGUUUUUGGGUCAAAAUGAAGGUCACUUUUACUAAUUUUAGUGGGGUCCGGUAGGGGAUAUGCAUUGCUUAAAAAGCAAUAUCCAGGAAGCUUGUUCUGAUUCCGUUCAGUCUAGCUUCCUCUAAUUAAAAGAACUUCAUAUAAAUGAUUCUUGUUCCUGUUAAUAAUUCAACUGAAUGCAUGGUAACUAUAUUAUUAUUUGACCUUAAACUUAGCAAAUGUUAUUGAUACAAGACUGAAAGAGUUUCACCCUUUCAACGUACAUUUGUUGUGAACAGCUUGAACUGUUUCCUGGCACAUUUCUGACAGUUCAGAUUAAUAUGAGUGAGUAAAUCAUUCAGAGUAGUAUUGUUAUUCGAUCUGUCUAUUAUGCUCAUCUCAGUGUCUUUGUAUUUGGAGACCUGUCUAUGUUAUUUUAAAUCACAUUUUUGAAUGAUUUUAUUAUAAACCUCUUAAAAUUCUGAUUCCACAAUAAUUAUAAUUUCUUCUUUAAACCCCCACCUUGUUUCGGAAACAAUACAAUUUUUAAUAAGUUUUGGUGUGUCAUUAUUUUUCAGCUCUCUAGUUUCGGAGAAGGAGUGCCCCUUUAAGAAGAUAUGUCUGUAUUUAUGAUGUUCAUGUACAUGUAUAUGAAAAGGUUUUUUUAACUUUUAAAGAAAAACAUCGAAAAUUUCACUCUGUUUUUUCCUCUUCAAAACCAUUAACUUCAAAACAUAAUUAAUCAACCAACAUUUUUAAGUGAUAACAAAAUUUUAUGUGAACCCUAAUAUGAGCAAUUAAAAUUAGAAAUAAAAAGUACUGGUAAGUGGUCAACAA